GGCUCCGGGGUGUGUGUGUGGGGGGGGGGGGUGAGGCCGGAGCGGCGGCCCCCGGCGCCAUGCGGGCCAAGAAGUCCUUCCGCCGGCGGAGGGAGGAGGACGAGGAGGAGGAAGAGGACGAGCAGGUCGCUGAGGAGGUCAGGUUAAAACUUGAGGAAGCCAAAGAGGUUCAGAGCCUCAGAAAGAGACCCAAUGGGGUGAGUGCUGUAGCUCUGCUUGUGGGAGAGAAGCUGCAAGAAGAAGCAACUCUUGUGGAUGACCCGUUUAAGAUAAAAUCUGGGGGAAUGGUGGACAUGAAGAAGCUGAAAGAAAGAGGCAAGGACAGGAUUAAUGAGGAGGAAGACCUGAACUUGGGAACUUCCUUCUCGGCUGAAACCAACCGGCGGGAUGAAGAUGCUGACAUGAUGAAGUACAUUGAGACUGAGCUGAAGAAGAGAAAGGGGAUUGUGGAGAAUGAGGAGCAGAAGGUGAAGCUUAAGAACGCCGAGGACUCUCUGUAUGAGCUGCCAGAGAACAUCCGUGUCUCCUCUGCAAAGAAGACUGAGGAGAUGCUGUCCAACCAGAUGCUGAGUGGCAUUCCUGAAGUGGAUCUGGGAAUUGAUGCAAAAAUAAAAAACAUCAUCUCAACUGAAGAGGCCAAGGCCAAGCUGCUGGCAGAGCAGCAGAACAAAAAGAAAGACAGUGAAACUUCCUUUGUUCCCACCAACAUGGCCGUUAACUACGUCCAGCACAACAGAUUUUAUCAUGAGGAGCUAAAUGCACCAGUGCGAAGGAACAAAGAAGAGCCAAAGCCCCGUCCUCUGAGAGUGGGGGAUACAGAGAGGCCAGAACCUGAGCGGUCUCCUCCAAAUCGCAAACGUCCUCUGAAUGAAAAGGCAACAGAUGAUUACCACUAUGAGAAAUUCAAGAAGAUGAAUAGGCGAUACUGAUGAAGGCUUAUUUCUAUAGCAGUUCUCACUGCUGUUUACUAUAGCUGUGAAGAAGAGGAAAAUUGUAUUGGGUUGUAACUGCUGAAUUGGAGGAAAAUCUGCUUUUCAGCUCUGAGGGCAGCUGCUGGAGGCCAGAGGCUUCACAGCUGCUGUCGGGCAUGUCUUCCUGGGAGGUGUGAUGUGUGGGAGCUUCCAAGAUUUGGAACUUGAAAACAAUAAAAGUGUUUUUAAGUGAUC